CGUCACCCCAGGCUUUGUUACGUCUUCGUCUACUCACCUGGCCGCGGGCGCGUCCUGGCCGCUGCAGCCCGGAGCGGAGUGCCAGCCGCUGCCGCUGCCGCCGCCGCCGCCGCCAUGGUGUCCCCAGUCACUGUGGUGAAGAGUGAGGGACCCAAGCUGGUGCCCUUCUUCAAGGCCACCUGCGUGUAUUUUGUGCUCUGGCUGCCCUCGUCCAGCCCAUCGUGGGUCAGCGCCCUCAUCAAGUGCCUGCCCAUCUUCUGCCUCUGGCUCUUCCUUUUGGCCCAUGGCCUAGGAUUCCUGCUGACCCACCCCAGUGCCACUCGCAUCUUUGUGGGUCUCGUCUUCUCCGCUCUAGGUGAUGCCUUCCUCAUCUGGCAAGACCAGGGCUACUUUGUGCACGGUCUGCUGAUGUUUGCUGUGACCCACAUGCUCUACGCCUCGGCCUUUGGCAUGCGGCCAUUGGCUCUUCGGACAGGUCUGGUGAUGGCAGUGCUGUCGGUCCUGUGCUAUGCUCUUCUCUACCCAGCCCUCUCAGGUGCCUUCACCUACCUGGUGGGGGUCUAUGUGGCCCUCAUCGGCUUCAUGGGCUGGCGGGCUGUGGCAGGAUUACGGCUGGUCGGGGCAGCCUGGCGCUGGACUGAGCUGGCAGCAGGCAGUGGUGCACUGCUUUUUAUCAUCUCAGACCUGACCAUCGCCCUCAACAAGUUCUGCUUCCCUGUGCCCUACUCGCGGGCACUCAUCAUGUCCACCUACUAUGCUGCCCAGAUGCUCAUCGCCUUGUCAGCUGUUGAGAGCCGGGAUCCAGUGGAAGACUACAGACUGAGCAAGGCCAACUGAGAAGCCAGGGUCUGGUUACCCCUCUCUCCUCCUGGGGCAGGGGUCCAGAAACUGCAAGAACUGGGACAGUAUGGCUGCAGGACUGACCUCGGGCAGCAGAUACCACUCGGGAAAUGUGCACGUUUGAGGGGGUAAGCAGGAAAAGGAUCUCUCUAGCAAAGCUGGUGGUCCUGAACAAUGCUGAGAGCUAAAGAGCCAGCCUAAUUCUCCUUGCUGGAGCCAGAAUUAGACAUCUCCCCACCUCUAACCCCGUAGGGGCUGUCAAAGCCCCUCUAGAGGGCAAUGGUGCUCAGCGUCUUGACCUCCCCUUACUUCUACUAGAUGGAAGAGUCUGACUCACCCCACUCCCACUCUUUCUGAUCUGCACAGAGUUGAGGGAAGAGUGGAGAAAUCUGACCUGAGAUGACCCAAACCCAGGGGUUGAAACCGGUUUCACAGGCCCCUAGGUGAGAAGAUGGGAGGAGGAUGGAGUCUCCCUUUCCCUCAUCUAUCCUUGUUACUUGAACUAUCUCAGUUUCUAAGUGGUGGGUGGGAAGGUGAAGGGGUGUCUGUCCAGGUAGGGAAGACUGGGGGCUUCACUGGCCUAGGAGUUGGGGCUACCAAUGAUUCAAGUUGGUCCCCUCUCUCUCAGAGGCCAGCCCAGAGCUCAGGCCCACUGCCGCCACCACCACCACCACCACCACCCUCAGACCCUAUACCCAGGGUUAGGGUGAACUAUGCCAAAGGAAGGGGCCAGCCUGUAUGUGUGUCGGUGUGUGUGAAUUUCUGUAUGUGUGUGGUCUGUCUCCCAGGCUGUCUAUGUCUUUCUGUGCCAUCUGUCUCUGUCCUGCUGUCUAAGUCUUAUAGGGAGAGGGCCUCAGGGAGUUGCUGAGGGGGUGCGGAGCCUGGCUUACAGAUCUGGGACCCCAUCCCACCACCAUCAGUGCUUUCUUCUCUGCCCCUUCUGCACUGGGAGCAAGAGGAGGGGGCUCCAAUGACAUUCUAGGGUCAUAAGACCUAAGGCACAUUCAAUGCAAAAGGAGCAAGGAUGGGACAAUUCCGUCCUUUGCUGUUCAUGUGAAAAAAAAAAAUAAAAACCAAGGGCCAUUGGC